AGACAAUUUUUUUUUUAACGUAUCCGAUUUUAGAAGUGUAAUAGCCAGUCUGCGUUGUUUUUUUUCUCUUUUAAUAUCUAAGAUUAAUUUAUUUAAUUAAUUAAUCCAGCCUUCCCCCUCGCCUCCCUUUAGCAGACGUAAACAGCUUCACCUCCACAUCCGCAUCCUCGUUAUAACGCGCUGUUAAAAUAAAGGGAUGCAGACUACUGACUGCAUAAAAUGGUCCGGUUCGAGAAAUUGCGUUUACGGAUCGUGUGAAGGACAAUAUAUUUAAAAUUAGAGUGGCGGUUAGUGCAGUUUGUCUCGCAGCGCCGCAGGUGUUGAAGCGGAUGCUGAGGCGGCGGAUGGGGUGAGUCUGGCCGGAGCGGAGCGCUCCAAGAGCGGGCUGCUCCUGAGUGAGGGUCCGCUACAGCCGGAACGCUGAGCGGGAAUAAUGCAGGACGCGGCGGACGGAGAGGAGCCCAUUCUGGCCGGGACUGCCAGGGAAGAGCAACGUCCAGUGAAACAGUCUCUGGCUAGCUCUCUGUGUCGGGAGUCACAUUGGAAGUGUCUUCUCCUCACGCUGCUUAUGUAUGGAUGUUUUGGCACACUGACCUGGUGCGGAUUAUGCAAGGUUCCCGUCCUCACAGUCCCCGUAGAGCUUGCAGCUACAGUAUUGGAAAAUGAAGACCAGUCUACAACUUCAGCUGCUGCUAAUGCCUACAGCCCUGAUGAGUUGGCUCUGGACAGCCCUUGCUCAAGUGGCUAUGUCUACAUUCCACUGGCUUUUCUGGCCAUGCUAUAUGUGGUCUACUUGGUGGAGUGCUGGCACUGCUACUCCAAGACUGCCAUGCUGGCUCAAGCAGAGGUUGCAGAGGUGUACGAGCGUGUGCAGAGACUUCAGCAGGCUACGCCAUGUAUCUGGUGGAAGGCCAUCAGCUACCAUUAUGUUCGAAGGACCAGACAGGUAACACGCUACCGCAAUGGAGACGCAUAUACCACCACACAGGUGUACCAUGAACGGGUCAACACGCAUGCAGCGAGUUCAGAGUUUGACUAUGCCAGGCUGGGUGUGAAAGAUGUCUCAAAGGAGCUAAGGGGCCUCAUGGAGCAUCCAGCAGUACGUCUGCGCUUUACAAAGUGCUUUAGUUUCUCCAGUGCCCGAGCAGAGGCUGCCUACCUCACACAACGUGCACGGUUCUUUGGGGAAAAUGAAGGCCUAGAUGACUACAUGGAGGCACGGGAGGGAAUGCACCUGAAAAAUGUAGACUUCCGUGAACAUAUGCUGGCCUUCCCUGACCCCGCUCGGCAGCCCUGGUAUGCGCGCCGGAGGGUGUUCUGGCUUGCUUCAGCUUUGCUGCUGUCAUGGCCACUUCGUGUUGUGGCAGAAUAUCGCACUGCGUAUGUGCAUUACCAUGUAGAAAAGCUGUUCGGCGAUGAAGAUGACAGCAGCAGAGGGGACGGAAGCGAGAAUGGGGGAAUCACUGAGAAUGUAAAUGGACCUGGAGGAGGGGCCAUCGGAUCGAGCUACCGUGCCAUUUCCCGGGUUAACACCGUUGACAUGACGGAACUUGAGUGGCACAUUCGCUGCAAUCAGCAGAUGGUUCCCAGCUAUUCUGAGGCACUACUGAUGGAUCCUGGCUCAGAUGGUAACCAAGGCACUAACCCCCCUCCUGCUGGGGCAAACUCCAACACGGGAGGUCCUACGCUGCCUGUGGCCUUUGCCUCAGCCUACCUGCUCCAGAGCUGCCCUCGCUGUCGCCGGUCCACUAGCAGCAUGUCACUCCCUUCCAGGCUGAGAGGCCCAACGGCUGCCUUGCUGACUGGCACUGUGGCUGGCAUGAGAGCUAGCGGAGCGGGAGGUGCUGCUGGAGGUCCAGGCAGGCUUGUUCUAAGCAGAAGUGGUUUUUCACUGGGUCGUCUCCAGGCCACACGUCCCACAUCUCUGUUCCAUUCUCGCAGUGUGGGUGGAGGUCUAGGAGGAAGAGGGGAGGAGGGGAGUGGUGCAGGAGCAGGAGGUGGAGGGUUUCUUGGUUUGGGCUUAAGACAGGAUGAGGAGAGCAGAGGGGUGCUAGAGGGAGAAGGGGAGGAGGAAGAAGAACAGGGAAACGAGGAGGCUGGGGAGGAGGAGAGAGAAAGACAAGAAGAGGAAGCAGAGCAGCCUGAAGAUAGCAACAGAGAGGAAGGGAGAGAGGGCGAAAGGGAUCGACCUCCUGCAUAUCAGGAUGCCUUUUUCUUCCCUGUGUUAAUAGUGCAUGGAGAGGAGAGUUGUCACUCAGGAGAGGACAUCUCUUAAACAAGAGGAACGACUUCCCCAAAAAGGAGAAAAUGGGAGGAUGGCUAUAUAAAGAUAGAGGUAGCACUGUUUUUCUAGUGAGGGAUAAGGGACAGUAGGAACUGAUAGCCUUGGUUGCCAUGUAGAAAAGCUAUGUAAAGUAGGGUGGGAAAUAUGACUCAUUAUAUCUAUGCAAGAUUGAGAGAAGUCAGGUAAAAUAAGUGACAAGAUACUCAGUAAGUUCUUUCUCCAUUUGUCAUACUCCAAAAGGAAGUAUAUUAUAGAAGGAAGAAGACCAAGAAAGAAACAAAUAAAUAAAUAAUUAAAUAAAAUCUCUCUGUACAUUUUCCAAAGUAAAUGCAUCACAGAAAUCAUAUCUCAUAAUAUAAGCAUUUCUGUUUCUGGUUUUCCAGUAUCAAGUAACUGCUAAUGAUAGACAUAUAAUCUUCAGGUACAACAGAAUCACCAAAACUGCAGCCUUGGAACCCAAAUGGAUCACAGUCUUCUGUAAGACACCCCACCUGUGCAUGUAACUUAACGUUACCUCAGCCUAUGCGCUAACAGCAGACUUGCAAUUACAGUGUAUCCCAUUUUUCAGCAAUGGAAACACCACGACCCUGUUUUCUGACCUCCAUCUAUCCAGCUUAGACUGGUCUUAACAUCCUCAACUACUCUUGCUUUGCAUGCUGUUUGCUGAGGCUUGGUCGAAGCAAGAUGACUUUGGGAGAUAAUGAUGUGUUGAACAUGCUUAGGAGCUUUGGCUCAUUUAGGAAGGAGUGUUUCACCUCUGUUGUAUAGCUUGGACCAAGACUUCUCAUUUAAAAUGAGAAAGCUAUAUUCUGGACAUGAAAUGGCUCAGUACGUAGUUGCUAUGAGAAGCAUAAAAAUGUGGAGAAUGUUCUCUAUGCUGGAAGCUUUAUCACAUCACUUUGUUAUAGUGAAGCACAUUAUGGUUUGGGUAUAUUUGCUAUAUUAGUAAGUUUAUUUGUUUUGUAGUGUAUCACCAGUUUUGCCUCAUGAAGGGCUUUGCUCAGCUACUAUGCCUCACACAGACACCUUGUUUUAUGGGACUUUAUGGUGCAACCAUACAACACAUUGCCUUCCAUUAUAGCCUCUGUACUUGUCUCUCAUAUUGUGUCACAUGAGCAUGAACCAGCUAAUCAUUAAUGAAAAUGGUUAGUGUGCCAAGAAAUACUCACUGAUUGCUAAUAAUUGUACAUAUCAGUGGCCACAGUCUAUACCCAUUUUGUAUAUAGGACAUACUUUUACCAGACAAUUUUUUUAUUUUUGCACAGAUGCUUAUAAAGCCAUAUUUCCAGUCACUCAGUCCUACAUGCUAUAUUUGUUUUGAGUGUUUUUAUGUUUGUAUGUAUAUAUGAUGCCUUUCUAUAUUCCGUGCUUCUGGAUCUGGGACUAAUACUACAGUUGCAUUAUGGCACUUCUCAAGCUCUAUUGUUUGUCAUAGGAUAAGCAGAAAUUAUUUGGCAGUUUCACAUGUUUCUCAAGUUUUCUCACUCAAAAAAAAACAAACAAACAAACAAAAAAAAAAAGAAAAAAAAAAACCAAAAAAAAAGGCGAUGCUUUUAAGCUCAACUUCCACUGAUAGCUAGAGGUUCAAACACAUCCACUCAUAGUCAUUCACUCAGUCAUGUGAAUGGACAUGCUCUCAUUAAAACAUGCAGCCUAGGCAGACUUCCUAGUGGCACUCAUAGGAUACCAUAUUUGGGGAAAAUUAAAGAAGAAAAAAAAUGUUAAGGCAAUCUUGUCAGAAUGUUCUGUGUUGCAUCAUGAAUGUUGACUACCAUUGAUGUUUUAAUGAGAAAUCACAGUGAGAAGAUACGCCACAAGCAUUUAGAUGAGAGGUUUUGCUCCACAUAUGUAAAGGCUUUAAACUAAAGCCGCACUUUACAAGUCUAGAUUUAACUAAACCUGAGUUGACUAAUUAACAUUCCAGUGCAGACAACAGCUGAUUGUUAUGUGUGGUUGUGGAGUCAGGCAGCUGAGUGUGUUUAUGUAUGUAGAUGUUUAAAAGAAAUGUGUCAAGGUGUUCAAUUUGAAUUCCAUUUCAAGGCUUAUGGGGGGAAACAAAACUGUGAAGCAGUAAAUCUAACAGCUUCAGUUGCUUUCAAAACUGUGUAGCCCAGCAGAAACAGUAGUUUCCACUCUGGGAGAAUGUGUUGAACAUUCUUAGUGAUUGUGCAGUAUGAUUCAUCUGGAAUGGAUGGAUAGGCUAUACAUUAUCCCUUUAAAGUAAAUAAACUCAAAUAGCAAGUGAAUAGCUAAUUUAAAACCUCAGACAUCAUACAAUGAUGCAAAUUGUUCUAUUGUAGCAAAGAUUGUUGAUUUGAUAGGUAUCAGUUAGGGACAUUAUGAUGAUGAUAACUGAUAAUGACAUUAUGUACGCUAUAAUAAAACCAGACUGCUUGAUUUAAAGCACCUGCCUUAUGUCAUGAUUAUUUAUUUAAUUUUUCAUAGAGUAUUAAUCCAGUAGUUACAUGAUUUGUUGACAUGGUAUGACUUUUUAAUUAUAAUAGUAAUAUAUACCUGCCACUACUACAUUAAGGAAGUAGCAAUAAGGUAAGUUGUAGUAAAAUGUGAUUAGGCUUAGCUGGAUAUAUCCAGAUACUGGUGAGUGUGCAGAUCACAUUCUCAUGUCUGUAAAUGCACAAAUCACCCAAGUCCUUGUCCAAAUUGUUAUUGAGCCACCAUGUGGUCAUUUCAGGUAUUAGAAUAAAUGAUUGAAGAAGAACAAAUCCAAACAGUGUUGGAGGGAAUGGCCACUACAGAGUUACUGAGUAGGAUUUAUCUUUGGAAUUUCCUUUUAAACGCUUCAAGCCUCAGUAAGCCUCUUUCUACCACUUCAAGCCCAAAUGAACACUGCUGUUUUACUCUUGGAUGCCCUGACUGAUAAUAAUGAUGAGGAGUCAUAAGGUAAGUCCAUCUUGAUUGCACUAAUGUACAACUUAUAGCUUAAUAAGCUGGGAGGAGCUCAUAUAGACAACUAAAAAGGCUCAAUCGGCUUACAAAAAUAACCAUGUAAAUAAUAGAAGCUAGCAGAACUACGUACACCAGGCUGUCUGAGAAAACAACAAUUAAAACAGGUGGAGAAAUGACCUUAGGUCCUAUGCAUGUGUUCACUUGUCACAUUCUUGCUUUCUCUCUCAAAACUAAAGUAAAGCUCCUUCAUGUUUACUCCUUAUAUAUAAUAUAUGCCAUAUAACCAAAUAUAAAUAUAUUAGUUUGUGUUGUGUCCCAAAAAA